AUGAGUCAAUUUGUUACGGUACAAGUUGGGCAAUGCGGAAAUCAAGUAGGAUCAGCAUUCUGGCCCUUAGCCCUGCACGAAUAUGGCAUUCAGACCACCUCCAGUGGUGUAAAUUUGCUCAAAGUGCAACGAAAUCACGUGAAACACGUGAAUGAUCUGUCUCACGCAUUCCCCAGUUUUUUUCAUGUCCCCAAUGCUGCAGAUAACUUACAUUUUCAAGAUAUAGCCGACUUAAACAAAGCCAAAGUUAAAGCUAGGGCUGUGCUAGUAGAUAUGGAAGACAGUGUUGUAUCUAGGUUCAAGCAAGGCCCAUUGCGCCAGCUGUUUGAUCAAACGUGCAUUGUAACAAAUUAUCCAGGAUCCGCAAACAAUUGGGCAAUAGGAUACUAUGAACACGGUAGAAAACAUCAGGAUCGUUUGGAGGAAAGUGUAAGACGUACGGUCGAAAAGUGCGAUCGAUUACAUGGAUUUCUGUUGUUGUACUCUUUAGGCGGUGGCACUGGAUCCGGAUUAGGCACGGCGACCUUGAAGCUAUUAAAAGAUAAUUAUCCUCACGUGGAGAGGAUUGUCUCGUGCGUGUACCCAGCGAAUACGCGAGACACCAUAACUGCACCUUAUAAUGCUCUACUAGCGACUCGAGAACUUAUAGAACACGCCACGUGUGUAUUUCCCGUGGAGAACAAAGCUCUCUUAGACAUAUGUAAUGCUCAAAUGAAGCGGGAGAAUACGGGUCAAAUGAAUUACAACGCCUCGUGUCGGCCGUUUCAAGAUAUGAACAGUAUUGUUGUCAAUAUGCUGCUGCACUUGACCAGCGGGUCCAGAUUUCCGGGCAGUCUAAAUAUGGAUAUGAAUGAAGUUGCCACAAAUCUGGUGCCCUACUCGAAACUGCAUUAUGUAUUCAGCAGUAUCAGCCCCGCAACUUUAUCCGCUUCAGAUAUGUGCACCAUGCAGGAAACAAAAUUGCAGGAUGAACUGUUCAUCAAUGCAUGGUCGCGAAAUAAUCAGUUAAUUAAAUUAGACCCUCUCCAGCCCACCUCCGUCGUCCUUGCUGCUGCACAUAUCGCAAGGGGAAAUACUACCUUAAGCGACAUGAAACGAAAUAUUGAAAGGUUUCAGAAUAAAUCGAAAUUCACUUCGUGGAGUAGAGACUGUAUGAAGAUAGGAUUAUGCUCCAUUCCUCCGGCAGGACACUCCUCAUCGUUGUUGUGUCUCCUUAAUUCAUCCGCUAUGUCGUUACUAUUUAGAGACAUAAUUCAAGAAUUCUCGAAAUUAUAUAGGAAAAAGGCACAUGUUCAUCACUAUACGCAAGUACACGGAUUUGAAGAAACGCAUUUCACUGAGAGCAGAGAAGAUAUACUUAGCCUUUGUGAAUGUUACGCAGAAAUACGGAGUAUGGAAGAGACAAAUAUUCCUAGAUUACAAGUAAUUUAAUAACCUUGUAAAAAGAAAUCGAAGAUAAACGUAAAUGUAUUUUACACGUAUUUCAGAAAGAAAUUCAAUAUUUAUUAUUAAUAUUUAUCUUAAAUUCUUUAAUAUGUAUAUACAACAUAACUAAUAAAAGUAAUGCAUUUUAAAACA